AUGGCACACAAACACAACCGCAGGCGGGUCCGUCCUCGCAAUCGCAACCAUACCUCUCUAAACCCCAUCUUUGAGAUGCCAGACGAGCUCUCAGUCCGGUCAGAUUCUUCCGCUCUAUUCCCACCCUCUCCAAGCACCGAUCUCGAACAAUCUCCCUUGCCCGGAAUAUUGCGCGUUGCCAACCCUACCGUUGCGUCGCGGCAUUUGUACAAUCGAUAUGUUGCCGGGCAAAACCGUGACAAAGCUCAAAGACGCGAAGCUGCCAAGAUCGAGGCUGAACGGAUCAAACUAUUCGGAGGUUAUCCGGGUGACGAUGUCGGACUAUGCUACAAGAUGAUGGAAGUGUUUGAAGGCAUGAAUUGGAUCGACACGCUGGAUUAG